CGAAACGAGCUGAUAGCACGGUACAUCAAGCUACGCACAGGGAAGACGCGGACAAGAAAGCAGGUGGGUUUCGUAACACCACUCCAUUUUUCCCCUAUAUGUUUCCAGGCCUUUCUCCCAAACCCUGUGCACCCCUUAAACAACCCACCCACCCCGUGUCUGUCCAAGCUGUCUCCAAUCAGGGGCUGGAAAAGACACAGAGAGGGCUAGAGGAAAGCCAUGCUGCUUUCAAUCCUACACAUUCCCCGAGCCCCAACCCUGUUCUCACGCUGAAAUGGGCCUCUCUUGAGUGAUUUAGAGGGCCGGAGCGCAAUGCACAGAUGCUAUAGGAUCAGAUGACGGUGUGUUUCUUCACCACCUCACCUAGCAUGUAGCCCAGCCUUGUUAGAGCAAGAAGCAGAGGAAUACAGGAUCUUUACGGCAGAGAGGACACUGGAUGGGGCAGAGAUUUGGACCCUAUCUGGGACAUGGGAUUUCGAGAGCUUGGGACUAUAAGGUUCUAUCUGCAAAAAUAUGAUUCUGAGAUAAUUGGCAUUAAAGUUCCAAACCCUCAUUGGUUUGAAUGGUGUCAGCAAUUUUUAUCUAGUAUUCUUUUGAACUUAACAACUUGAAUUGUGGGUAUUUAGAGUACUAUAUAGGCAAAAAACAUUAAACUGAACAAGGCUAUGUCAAUAACUAAAUUUGGACAAAAAUGCAGAUAAAACCUUAUAGUCCCAGGCUCCCAGGCUCUCUCUCUCUCUAGAGUGACUAACUGACAUAUUGGCACUGACUGAUGUUGCAUUACAUAGAGAGAGAGGGAGAGGGGCUCCAUCUAUGUCCGUUUAUGUGAAGAUGUGAUGGGGGGAAAAGAGGGAGAGGGGUUGGGGUUGACAAAGAGUUGAGGAAGGGUAGAGUGAGAGGGGAAGGGGGACACCUGCUGGUCUAGCAGUGGCCAGGGCCAUGGACAAAUCAGUUUGGCCUUCUUAAUAAGUGCCAUGUUAGUACCAAAAGUCUCAAGACAAUGACAUCAUAGAAUGAGAAAAGGAAUAUUAUUGUUUGUUGUACAUUUGGCGCCAACAUGGAGGAUAGUUGGCUGAACCCUGUACUGCACAUCUGCCAUAGACCUGAUCAGACCUAAUCUCUCUCGCUCUCUCUCUCUCUUUCUCUCUAUCCCUCUCUCUCUCUUCUCCAGGUGUCCAGUCACAUCCAGGUGCUAGCACGACGGAAGGCCCGGGAGAUCCAGGUGAAGCUGAAGGUACGCUACGUGAGUCUCCCCCCUUUAUGAAUCUUGAAACUGUGCACUGCAUUGUGGGUUGGCUCGAAGGGCUACUACCAUAGCAAUGGAAUGGGUAGAAAAACAAAUCAAACAUUCAAAUUCUGGAAGAUUUACAUGGAUCCACCAAUAUAACGGAGCAAUUCGACCUUUUAGAACACAAGUAAUCCAAAUUCCAAUCCUCCUCACCAAUGUCUGCCAUGCCACAUCCCAUGGUACAGCAGGGACCUUGCUUUCAAUGGGAAUGUCAAUGUCUACCAUUCUACCCAUUCCAAUUGUGACUGCUACAGCACUAGCUAUGCAGGUCAUUUGGAGUAGCGUGCUGCUGGCUGAUGUUUUUAAGGUAGGGGUAUUUAUAAAAAUAUCGCUAGCAACAACAUAAUAUAGCUAGCAACAACAGAAUAAAGGAAUUUUGAAUUACAUACCUACAGUAGAAAAGAGGAGAAUUUCUAAUGAUGUCAACUUUAUUUCUCAACUCCUAAUAUUGAGCAAAUUACACUCAUUGCCGCUAAUUACACUCACUGGAGUAUCUAACAUAGGCUUUGAAAAAGUACCCGCUACCCGCUUAGCAGCGCUGCUGCUAAGCUUUCUUGACUUAAUACAUUUUUUACCAACACAUGGCUAACCUUUGUUUAACCAGCUAAACAGCUGCUAUUAGCUAAAAUGUGUUUGGAGUUACCUUUCUAUCUAAUUGGAUAUGUUAGAGUUUACACUUCCUCUUCCAAUUAUAAUGUGGGAGGUCAAAAGAAUAAUAAAAAACUACCAAAUCUAUUCAUUUUAAAAUGUUGAUUACUUCUCAUUGCCAUUCACCUGAUGAUAAGACAAUAUGUGUUUUUUUCUUAUUUUAUUUGCUAUCAUAUGAUGGGGGUCCUUGGGUCACCGGGUUGUCUGGGCGGGGGCUCCUGGGCAAGAAAAGGUUGAAGACACCUGUUUUAAAGUGGGAAGUUGGUGUGUUGUUGGGGAGGCUGUGGUGCUGCUUGGCUGUAGCCAUGAUGUUGUUCUAAAGCCACAGAGCUCAGAUCAUCAGGAAAGCAAAGGUCUUCAUGCACCUUCUCAACAUGUUAUUCUCUUCUCAUUUUUAGGUUUGAUUCCAUGAAAAAAUGACUCAAUAUACUGUACUAUGGCCUUGAUAUCCAUGAAUUCGAUAUGGAAUUCUAAUGGAUUCCCAUUCCUACAUUUCAGUACAAACAAUAUGGAGAGACAAAACAAUGAGAAAAAGAGAGUGGGUUAUAUUUAAUAGCACCCCCUUCAUUUGUGUGGGUGUUAUAUGGAAUGCUUAGUCCUAUGAUGCAUAUCUACAAAUGACCACAGUAAAUGUGGAUACGCUCCAGCAUUCCCUGGCCUGAGGCUUGCUCUGCACGAUAUGAACAAAUGCAUUUGUCAGGAGAUAAAUUAAUUUUUGUAUUGUUCCUUCCAGGCAUUUCAUUUGGUAAGUAUCUCAAUAAAAGUGUUUCUGUUUGGUGGGUGAAAGCUUCCUAACACUUACCGUCCCCAGCACUUUCUUAGUUUACGUUUCUUACCGCAGACACGCACGCACGCAAACACACACACACACACACACAAGACAACACAGCUCUCAGUCACCUUGGACGGUGGCCACUGAGCCACAGCUGGCAGGGCCCAGCAUUGGUCACAAGGCAGCCUCUGACAGGCCUUUUUAAAUACAUCUUUCUUGUAACUGAGAACACUACCAAAUGUACUCCCCUUAUUUCAGCUAUGCCCUUGUGUCAGCCGGUUCUGGGAACAAGAUUGUGCCGUGUGGCCUAGCAUUAAGUGGCUGAGAGUGUUUGUAGUCCCUGAUGAGUUGGAAACUGCAUGAUGUCGACAUGAUGGACACACGCACAACAGAACAAUAACGCUAUACCAUAGACAGGAAUGACUGCUGUUUCUGGUAGCCACCAUGUCACCUGCUUACCGUUAGCAUUUAGCCGCAGACUAGCUUGAUCGUUACCAUUAGCAUAGAGCUAGCCCUCUGACAUGCCCAGCCCAGUUCCCACUGUGACCUCUAGCAGAGACAUAGGCCACUUGUCAACACCCCCCGGCCUCUGCCAAGGCAAUAAACCUUACUCUCGACCUCAGGGAUCUUGACUGCAAUAUCACCCAGCCUCCCAGCCCAGCGCCGGAUGAUCAACCUGGCUUUCACCCCUCAUUUCCCACCCAACAAAUGACAUAACGGGGCUAGUAUUCCCACAGGGUGCUGACUAUAAUGGAGAGCAUGUCUGACCCAUGGGCCUUGCUGUGUGUGUCUGUAGGACCAGGCUGCCAAAGACAAGGCCCUCCAGAGUAUGGCCACCAUCUCCGCUACCGCCUUCCAGAACAAGAUGGCUCUGCAGGGGCUGUCCAGGCCGCCGUACCCCACUGCUGGUGGAGUGAGUAGUGUUUGCAGACAGACAGAGACAGACACGCACACACACACCCUGUCCUUGUGCAACACUGGGGGAUAUAUAUACAGUAGAAGGAGAGGUGGUGUCAUUGAGAGUGUAUGUAAUAAAAUGUGUUUCCAUGUUUUCUUUUCUCCAGUUUUGGCAUGGCGGUCUUCCAGGACAGCCUGGGGGUCCUGAAGAGUAAGUUACAACCAUGUGUGUGUGUGUCUGUGUGUGUGCGUAGGGCUGUUGCGGUGACCGUAUUACUGCAACACCGGCAGUCAUGCGUCAUGACCGCAGUCAAAUUCCACGUGACCGUUGAGUCACGGUAAUCUCCUCUUAUGCACUCUGGACAUGCAUUGGUAGUAUCCAACACCAGGUCACUAAUGGCCUGGUACUCAGCGCUCUGUUGUCCCUCUAACCACUCCGACAUCAAUGCAAAAUCACAUCAAACACUUAUCAUCAAAACAGUAUGCGCUUUUAAAACUCACCUCACUGUGAUCGAUCAAUUUGAAGAAAGAAGUUCAACAACAGGUUGAAACUGAGUGGAAAACAUGGUCCUUGUGGAUGUUGUUUCAAAGCCUAACAACAAAAUGAACAGCGCUUUCUAAGGUGAUGAUUCAUUCAAAACCCACAUACGCAUAUUAGAGCUUAUGCAUAUGCAUAAGCCAAUAUAUGAGCCCAAGUCCCCAAAAACCCCCAGAAUUACCGCAUAUUACGCACGGCAGGAAAAUAAAAAAUAAAAUAGAAAUAUUUAAGAUGUCUUUGGUACAUAAUUGGUCUAGCCUAUACCUAUACUGUAGCUCAAUUGGUAGAGCAUGGCGCUUGUAACGCCAGGGUAGUGGAUUCGAUCCCCAGGACCACCCAUACGUAAAAAUGUAUGCACACAUGACUGUAAGUCGCUUUGGAUAAAAGCGUCUGCUAAAUGGCAUAUUAGGCGAUGCGGUUGGUUCAUUGAUUGUGCAGGGCGGCUUACAGAGUUAGCCUACAGUUAUAGUGAAUUUGAUUUUGAAUAGCCUAGUAAUAGGGCAUGUUUUAUAUUUUCAUAAUGAAUAGGCUGACACAUUACCUUUAGCUACAGAAUAUCUCACCACUAUGCCUUUCCAUCUCCUCCUCUCUCUCCUUCAUUCCUUUCUCAAGAGCGCCGAGAGAGGGGCGCAGUGGUCUAAGGCACUGCAUCGCAGUGCUAGCUGUGCCACUAGAGAUCCUGGUUCGUAUCCAGGCUCUGUCGUAGCUGGCCGCAACCGGGAGACCCAUGGGGCGGCGCACAAUUGGCCCAGCUUCGUCCAGGGUAGGGGAGGGAAUGGCCGGCAGGGAUGUAGCUCAGUUGGUAGAGCAUGGUGUUUGUAACGCCAGGGUUGUGGGUUCGUUUCCCACGGGGGGCCAGUAUAAAUAAAUAAAAUAAAAUAAAAAUUACAAUUACAAAUAACUGCUAAAAAAAGACAAAAAAUAAAAAAAAUGCACUCACUAACUGUAAGUCGCUCUGGAUAAGAGCAUCUGCUAAAUGACUAAAAUGUCAAUGUAAAUGUCAACAGUUUAAUUAAAUAUGUUUCAUUGUGAAAACAUUUUACUAAUGUUCUCAAACAGAUUUCACUUGGUUUCCCAAAUUAAGCACUGGGUAACUACAGGAACAGGGUUGGAGAACCCAUGGCAUACAUAGUUUGGCCAAAUUGGGCGGAAUGUCAGCUGUCAUGCAGCGAGAGGCUGCAAGCCCUCAGAAAGUGGUUGAUGCGUGGAGUGGAAUAGGUGUUCUUAUAAGCUGUAACGAAGACGCAGGGAGUCAGGAAGCAGGUGCAGUCGGUGAGUUUAAUAUGUUAGAACAUCGAGUGAAUACACAAACAAGGGUAGCGUCUGAACAUGAACAAUACUGCCUGAUGGGUGAUAACAACGAAGCGCUAGAUAAAGGGGGAGUAAUCAGGGAAGUGAUGAAGUCCAGGUGUGCCUAAUGAUGUUGCGCAGGUGUGCGUAAUGAUGGUUGCCAGGUGUGCAUACUUAUGGGUUGCCAGGACCGGUGGUUAGUAGACCGGCGACAUCGAGCGCCAGAGGGGGGGAGCAGGAGUACACGUGACAUCAGUCCAGGUGGCAUAAGUCCAGACAGUUCUAUAUGCAAUCCUAUGUGAAAGCAGAGUUUUGAUGGUUGCCACUAAAAAGGGGAGGAUCCCAGCUGCUACUAUAUUUAUUUCUCAGCUAAUAUUAAGCACAUGCUCUGCUAUACAACUGGAGUAGCCUACCCAGCAUGAUUGAAAAACGAACCCUGGGAAAGCUGCCUCCAUUCGCUAUUCGAGUGCAUACGGAUGACAUGUGUUUUUUUUCCCUGCCCCUGUUCCUGCCCAUAUGUUAAUGGUCAUUCUAAAUUGUAUAUAUUAGUAAAGAUUAAAUUGAGAAUAGUCUGAUGGGUGAAAAUAUGAUCACUUGAUGAGAGAACAGUGUGUGCAGCCUGAGGCAAGCUUUUUUUGCGACUUUUUCCAGUCAUCAAUAUCCUAUAGUCGCAUCAUGCAGCCCAUAAAUGUUUUGUUUUCUAAGACAUUCUAAGGUUUGUAUCAUUCACAACUGAAGUUGCCAAAUAACUCUAAAUCUAGCGUAUAGGACCUGUUUCAAAUGGUUGCUUUUACACUCAACAUAGCCACUUCAUAUGCGCACUUGCUCUGGAAUGGGAAAAAUAUUGUUUGUAUUUUAUUCAGAUAAGUUAAAUUACAUUCUUCUUACUAUAAAAUCAUAUAAUAUAAAAUAAUGGCACAGGACUUAUAAGCAUAUCUGGUCUGCUAAAUGAACUAGUCUACAGCCUGGCGCAUAAUCAGAUAGCAUAUAAUACAGUAAGUAGACCGACUCAUUCUGUUCUUCUGAAAUACAUUUUCUUCAUAUCAUAAUGUUUCUUUACACCUGUCUAAAAUAAAUAAUGGAUUUGUUGUGUUGGUGUAUAUUAAAUGUAUUUAUUAGACUUUUAAAUGUAGAUGUUCCAAAGGCGCGCAUCAGCAGCUUGUAUGUGUGGAGGCCUGGAAAUUCAAAACAUGUUUAUAUUAAUUAACGGUCAAAUACCGUGAGACCGGCAGCAUUUGCAUGACAAUAACCAGCUGACAAAAUGUCCUGAUCGCCACAGCCCUAUGCGUGCAUGCGAGUCUGUCUGUCUGUCUGUCUGUCUGUCUGUCUGCCUGUCUGUCUGUCUGUCUGUCUGCCUGCCUGUCUGUCUGCCUGUCUGCCUGCCUGCCUGCCUCCCUGCCUUCCUGCCUGCCUGCCUGCCUGACUGACUGACUGACUGUCAGUAAAAAGGCAUAGGCCUACUGCCACUGAAUAAAUGGAAAUCACAAUCUGUCAAAACUGAAUGUGACAGAGAAACUGUUUAUUUAAACAGCACUUUCGUUAAUGAAGCCGAGCCCCCAGUGUGUUUAAGGGUCUGCCGGUCCAAUUAGGUGUGUGUGUGCAAGGGGUCAGGAGGGUAAGGGUGUAAUGUGUCUUCUGCCUGUCUUGUCUCUCCAGCAUUAAGCCCUUUUCCCAGCAGAGUUACGCCAUGCAGUCGUCCGGCCCACUCCCCAUAACAGGUGGGUUUUCUCAGCUUCCCUUCACGUCCCCAUGUGUCGACAGACGUUGUCAUGGUCCGUAAGUGAUGAAGAGCUCCAACAAAGCUCAGAGAAACUGACAGUAUGCAACAACAUUUUUCAAACCUAUGGUAUAUUUUGUUACUCCCCGCCCCCCCUCUUCUUCAGGCUAUGAGAGCAUGGCAGGCCUUUCAAUGUCGCCGGGCGCCCCCCCGUGGCAGGGGCGGAGUAUCGCCAGCUCUAAGCUCCGCAUGCUGGAGUUCUCCGCCUUCCUGGAGCAGCCUCAGGACCAAGAGACCGUGAGUAGUAAUUUAGUAGCCCCUCGCCCUGCCUAAUAAGCCUCCACAUUCAUAUUAAUCUCACUUAGUUGAUAGGGACACUGUACAUGUAUAAUCAACAUUUCAGUUCUCAUCAAUGUAAAAGUUUGAGACAUAAAGAAAAACAAUAUCUGUUCCUUUUCAUCCAACCCUUUCCCUAAAGCUGUAAUGUUAACAUCCUCACACCAUGACUGCAUCUUGACCAUGAACUGAAUCAGUGCUCUGAUAGUAAUCAACAUCUCUCUCUCCCUCUCCUCUUUGUUUUCCAGUUUAACAAGCACCUGUUUGUGCACAUCGGUCAGUCCAACCCCACCUUCAGUGACCCUUACCUGGAGGCAGUGGACAUCCGGCAGAUCUACGACAAGUUCCCUGAGAAGAAGGGAGGGCUGAAGGAGCUGUUUGAGAAGGGGCCGCCAGACACUUUCUUUCUCGUCAAGUUCUGGGUGAGUCCAGGCAGAAUCAAAGCA